AUGCCACCAAAAAGAAAGGCCAAUGCCCCGCAGCAGCAGCUGCCGACCCGACCCGAGCCUCCUCGACGAAGUAGUAGGAGAAUAAAAGAGGUCGCUGAGCAAGAGGAUGGCUCCCCGCAUAGCCUCCCUGAUGACGAUAGAUUGGAGAAGAUGACGCAGGACAGAAUCAAGCACGUGUGGGAAUCCAAGGAAGUAGUCGAACAGGCCCGGCGCGAGCUGACUGAGAUGGAAUACAACCUGCAGAGAGCCGUCAAGCGCCAGCGGCUAGCCAUCGAGUCGUCAGAUUUGACAUGCGAGGUGGAUAGGGCGAGAGAGGUCACGCUCUAUCACCAGGAGAAGAGAGAUCCUGUAGAGGUGCUGAAGACGGGUUCGAAAUCAAUCUCGGAUGCCAUUGAGCAUGCGCCUAUUGAUGAAUACGAAGCUGAGAUAGCUGCAGGAGACAUUACGGAGGCCAAGAUCGAGGAGGAUGGUUUUGAUCGAGGCGCAAGAAGACCUCCCGCUGUCAAUAGCGAUGUGCUGCCUCUGCCAUGGACUGGCCGUCUAGGAUAUGCCUGUUUGAACACAUAUCUACGGACGUCUACACCUCCCGUGUUCUCCUCAAGAACGUGCCGGAUCAGCUCUAUUCUUGACCAUCGACAUCCCUUGCAAGACCCAUCACAGCCAGAGCAUCCAACGAAGAAUCGACCUGACAAGUCGAAGCCGCAGAAUAAAGAGCUCGGCAUGAAGUUCGUACAGAACUUGGGCCUAGCGAAUGCGAGAGACAUUCCUAAAAUGAUCCGGUGGAACGACAAGUACGGUAUCAAGUUCAUGAGGUUGAGCAGUGAAAUGUUUCCCUUUGCAAGCCAUGACGAGUACGGAUACAAGCUUUCGCCGUUCGCAUCAGAGGUGUUGGCUGAGGCGGGCAAGGUAAUUGCAGAGCUGGGCCACCGUGUCACUACGCAUCCUGGGCAGUUCACGCAGAUUGGAAGUCCGAGACCAGAGGUGGUAGAAGCAGCGAUCCGUGAUCUAACAUACCACGACGAGAUGCUGUCGCUUCUCCGGCUGCCAGAACAGGCGAAUAAGGACGCUGUCAUGAUUUUACACAUGGGAGGAACCUAUGGGGAUAAAGAAGCGACGAUUGAACGUUUCAAACAGAACUACAGCGGUCUUUCGCAGGGAGUCAAGAACAGGCUCGUGCUCGAGAAUGACGACGUAGCUUGGAGUGUUCACGACCUGCUCCCGGUAUGUGAGGAGCUGAACAUCCCACUAGUCCUCGACUUCCACCAUCAUAACAUUGUGUAUGAUUCAUCGAUUCGCGAAGGCACGCAGGACAUCAUCCAAUUCUUUGACCGGAUCCGGAAAACAUGGACGCGCAAAGGCAUUCGACAGAAGAUGCACUACAGCGAGCAAACCGCCGGGGCCAUUACGCCGCGGGACAGGCGAAAGCACUCGCCCCGGGUCAAGACUUUGCCCCCGUGCGCGCCCGACAUGGACCUGAUGAUCGAAGCCAAGGACAAGGAGCAGGCGGUGUUCGAACUGAUGCGCACCUUCAGGCUGGCCGGCUGGGACUUGUCCAACCCGAUCGUGCCGAACGAACGGGACGACGAGUCGAAGAAGCCCACGGCGAAGAGCAAGAAGGAGAAGAAGACGGGGGACAAGGGCAAGGAGAAGAAGAUGGAAGAGCAGGACGAAGACCACAUCGAGGCUGAUGCUGAGAUACCCGGACAGGCGGUCAGCGACGAAGACUUUGGCAUGGGUGGGCCCGAGAACCGCGUGUACUGGCCAGAAGGCAUGGAAGAGUGGCUCAAGCCGAAGAAGCGAGAGGUCAAAAAGGGGAAAAAGGGGUCGGACAAGUGA